GUGGAUCAAACUGCAGCAACGGCAGGGAGGGGGGGAGGCAGAGAGAGCGACGUCUGCAAAGCCACAGGUUCCGCGCGAACGAGGGUGAGCGCGCGUGCCCGAAGCUCGCGGGGCCCAAGCGCGCCUUCCAAACCGGCCAGGAAAGGGUGGGGGCGAGGCUGGUCAGGCAGCAGUUAGGGCGCCUGCCCAGGGCUGAAAAAGCUUGCAGUGCAGGGGGCGGGCCUUGGGGGCGGGGCUAAGAGGCCUCUGCCGGCUGGAAUUUGAAUGCUGUUCUGGAGGGGGAAAGGAGAAGGGAGGGGUUCAGUUUCCUUGGAGGUGGAACCCUGCGACGGGGAGAGGCUGCACAGUGUAAGAAUUCUAAUGGCUGGAAACAAAGGACGAGGACGUGCUUCUUUUACCUUUAACAUUGAGGCUAUUGGUUUUGCUAGAGGUGAAAAGUUACCUGAUGUGGUAUUGAAACCUCCACCACUAUAUCCUGACACAGAUUAUAAGCCAGUGCCUCUGAAAGCUGGAGAAGCAGAAGAGUACAUGUUGGCCCUAAAACAGGAGUUCAGAGCAACCAUGAAAAGAACACCUUAUUUUAUGGACACAGAGGAAGAAAAACAAGAAAUUGAAAGAUAUAGUAAAAGAUAUUUGAAAAGUUACAAAGAAGAUGAUUUGGAAUGGGUACCAGAUUGGAGAAGACUUCCAAGGGAGAUGAUGCCAAGGAAAAAACUAACAAAAGCAGGACCCAAACACCAGAAGACAAAAGGUACAGCCAAAGUUGCUAAGGUCAUGAGUACUGUGGAUGUAUUGAAAAAAAUUGAGGACUUGGAAAAGAAAGGUGAUGAAGAAAAAUCAGAUGAAGAAACUGAUGAGAAAGAAGGAGGCAAAGGGAAAAGGAAAGAUGAUGAUGAUGAUGAAGAUGAUGAAGCAGCUGAUGAACAAGAAGAGUAUGAUGAAGAAGAGCAGGAAGAGGAAAAUGAUUACAUCAAUUCUUACUUUGACAAUGGAGAUGAUUUUGGUGCAGAAAGUGAUGACAACAUGGAUGAAGCAACAUAUUAGUGAUAAUUGUUCAGAUUGUAUUUGUUUAUUAUAUGGCCUCUGAAUACUUAAGCAAACUUAUUACUUCUUUUGUUUCUGAUGAGAAAUGAGUAAGUAUUGUAUUCUUGUUCACUAUCCUGUGAGCAUUUAUCACUUAAAAAUUCCAAAGUCGCUUUGAGUUUAUAGAUUUGUUACAGUUUACAUGUUUGUUUGCAGGGUUUUCCUGUAAAUGCCUUUGCCUCAACCAUAUUCAAAUGAAUUUUGCAAUUGCUAUUUUGAUUUGAAUGUGCCUAAAACAUACAAAUUAAUACUUGAACCAAGCUGCUCUUGUUUUUAACUGCUGAUCUUUUGAAGAGUUUAUUGAUCUUCAUAAUGGAUUUCUUUAUCCUGGAAACUGAUCUUACAUUGCACAUGGAGCACUUUAAAAACAAAGAAACUUGAAAGUAAUUGGUAUUUUUUGACCUUUCUGUGUUUAGACUGAUGACUUUGUACCCUUCAGGACAUCUUCCGAGUUAGUUUUAAAGUUAGAGUGAAUUUUGUACAAGGAAGCAAGUGAAAGAUUGAAUUUUUAAAAUUCCCAACCUCAUUCAGUAUAAGGUGGCUUUCAGAUGAAAUGAAAGAACCCUGAAUGGCAUAAAGAUACCAGUGAACUGCUUUCUGCAUGAUACUGCAGGAGAUGUCUGAGUCUAAUAGUCAUUUUAUAAUCCUCAUCCAUGAACAGUUGGAUUGAGGGGGGGGAUCAGGUUAUUUUAAGAAAGAAUAUUUAGUAUUAUAAUAUGUAGGAAUAUGAGAGGGUAACUCCAUAAGCUUUAUUCAUAUAUAGUAAUGCACCCUAGUGUGGAUGGGUAAAACCUCAUGCAAGUGUUUAUUCUUUGAGGUAUAGUAAGGUCUCUUGAGUACUGUAUAGAACAUAGAAGCUAUAGAAUUAAUCCUAUUUGUUUACAUAAUGAUAUUGAAUAAAUCUCAGGAUAUCUUGAAAAUAAAACCUAACUUUUUUUUAGUAGAAUAGCAAAAGCUACCCCUUCUGCAUUUUUUUAAACCAAGUUUUAUGGAAAUUUCUUUGAAACCUCCAGAAUCUGAAGAUGUUAUUGUCCUCUGAGGACAGUAAUAUCCUGUUUAGUGGUGGUUUUCACACCUUCAGAAUAAUCUGUGAAAACUGUUAUUGGACAGAUAAAAGAAGGGAUUUUAAAGAGGCUGUCUCUCUGACCAGAUUUGGUGACACCUCAAGUCUGUUUUUAAAAGCCUGUUGUAGAAAUCGUCUCCACUCACAACUAUACACAUUCUCGGGAAUGCUAAUGUCUGAGUCCAGCUACAGCUUUUAAAAAUUGAGACCUUCAUUCCCAAAGACUAUAGUCUUUCUCUUUAAAAAUAAAAACAAAAAACCUGGGUCUUCUCUUCUCCUCUACCCCCAUCCACCACUCCCCAUCUGUGUCAUUACUACCAACAACACUGACUAGUCUAGGAGUCUGAAGACCUGAGUUCCAGUUCUACCUGAACUAUAUUUGAUCCACUCAGAUAUACUGGGGAGUUCAGUUAUAUUUUUUUCUGCCUUAGUAUGUGCAUUCAUAAAAUAGGAAAAAAUUCCUAGGAAUCAAUCAAUCGAUUAACAAACAUGUAUUAAGUACCUGCUUUGUACCAGGUGCUAAAUCACACUAAGACAAAAAUUUCCUGCCCUCACAUUCUUUAUGCAAGGUUCCACUCAAGUCAUAGGAUCAUAGAAUUAGAGCUAGAAAGGAAUUUGGAGGUCAUGCAUCCAGUUCACUCCCCUCAUUUUACAGAUAAGGAAAUUCCUUCCCGGGGAGCUGAGCGACUUUGCCCGAGGUCCCCAUGAGCUAUAAACAAAGCAGAUGGGAUUUGAUUGAAAGUCCUUUGACCCUAGAACUCUCAUUCCACUGCACCAAGUAUCUUUUAGAGAUCUUUUUCUAAAUCACAGUUUUAAAACCUGCACUAAAAAAAGUAGAAUCCUGUAGGAAAUAAAUCUUUUUCUUUUUCUAUGUUUUAAAGGUCAAAUGAUGUAUUUGAAAAAAAAAUAGGAUGUUUUCCUCCUUGAAAAUACAAUGUGUUUUGAUUCUAAGAUUUUCCCUUUUUUCUGAUUGAGGAAAUUUAGAGACAAGUCUACCUGGAUUUUUCUGAAGACUUAGAAGUCACUUCCUCAGGAAAUAGAAUGCUAGUUACCCCUGGGUAGUAUCUUUUGAUGUGGAAAUGAUGGCCAUUGUUAAUAAGAAAAUGUGAUUACCAGCUAAUCCCUUCAAGUUUAAAGGAUUUUAUGGAAAUGGAAAAUAAUUAUUUCAAAUUCAAAUCACCCUUUUUUUUCUGUGUAGAAAGUCUUUCUGCUAGCUGCGACUCUGCUUUUGAAAUUGGACCAUUCCUGUAAAGCCAUUAAACCUUGUUUUUAAGGCCUGAGUUAAAACUAUGUGAUGAUUGAAGAAACUGGAGAUGUUUAACAACUAAGAGAAAACUUAAGUGAGCCUUGGAAGGGGUGUCCCUCUAAGAGAGAUUAGACUUGUUCUUGGCCCCAGGUGGCAGAGGAGCAGUAAAUAGAAAAUCUUAGUAAUGAUUUGUACUAUCCAAAAAAAAUUGGCUGUCUCCAAAGAACAGACUGUCCCAACUAGAGGUCCUCUAGAAGAGACUAGAUGACCACUUGCUGAGUCUGUUGUAAAGGGGAGAUUUGUUCAGGUCUCAGUUGGGUUAGACGGUUUCUGAGGUCCCUUCCAACUCUGAGAUUCUGUGAUUUCUAAUAGGAAGGGAUAGAGGCUUAAGUUGUGAUUUCAUUAGUGCAAGGAACUCUUGGGUGAAGAAGUUCUUAAUUUUAGUUGCCUAGAGCACUGAGAGGUUUAAGUGAUUUGUCCUGGGUCACAAUGAUGUUAUUAUAUGUCCUACUGUGCACACUUAGUAGUGGAGUAGGUGGUUGUUGUUAAUUUAUUUUUCAGUCAUGUCCAACUCUUCUUAACUCCAUUUGGGCUUUUCAUGGCAGUGAUAGUGAAGUGGUUGCUAUUUCUUUCUCCAGUUCAUUUUACAGAUGAGGAAACUGAGGCCAACAAGGUUAAGUGAUU